UCCCGUGUGCCAUGUCUACUAACAGUACAGUCUGUCCCGUUAGUUAAAACAUAUGGCUGUCUUCUCUCCCUUUAUUUCCCUUCGGUAUCUCGGACAAACGGUAACUCGGACCACCUCUCACCCCUUUUAGUCCGAGAUAUGGAGAGUUCACUGUAUAUUUAUUUUGUGUAAAUGCAAGAAUAUAUAUGGGGAAAUGAACUUGGUCCAAUAAGUGAACUAUUUUAACUGACGUCGAUCAGAACCAUUAUUUAAGAACUGACUUUGACUAGUGAACAAUUGGAGGAUGGUGUUACUUUGGUGAAUCAUCAACAACCACAGAACAGAGUUCUGGAGCAGGAGUCGCCUACCGCUGCUGAUUUGGCACUCCGAGAGUCAUCGUGCCCUGUUUUGAAACUUCGGCGGAUUCCAGUACUAUACCUCUGGUGUGGAGAAGAACCCAUAUCACAGUCAUCAAUGCUAGACGAAAACUAUCAUUUCCUAAUGUAGGAAAUACUAAUGAACCUAGAUUGUAAAUGUGCACCUAGAGGAGAAUGGUCUCUCGUCGCUGCCGACCGACACGGUGCGGGAAAUGCGUGCUCGUCUGGUGCAGUUCAUUCGCGAGGCAUGUGACGUUCCGCCUGUGAGUUCUCCGGCACGGGCCCCGCCUGAAUCGUCUGCUGCCAGCCUCGCUGAGAGACGUCUCUGCGAGUUGGGUCUGCUCCCUCUCCCCCCGCCGCAUCACGGUCGCCUGCCCGAGAGAGCCAUUCGCUUCUGCCAGCUGCAGCUGCCCUCCAUGCCUAUCCAGCCAUCUGCAUGCUGGUCGUCUCCUUGGCAUGGGCCCGCCAUUGGCCUGCCCUGCAAUCUGUUCCCGCUACUGUCGGCGCAGCCGCCGCCUGGUCCGUGGCUGCCACCCGUAUUCCGUGAAGGCGGCUUCUCGCGCCUCCGUGAGUCGGUGGCCGCUCUCUGCCCGGCGCGGCAGUGCUGGCUUGUUGCGGCUCUUGCUGGUCUGGCUGGAUGGAUCCUGCUGCUGCGUCUGUGACGCCUCUCCGAGUCUCCCGCCUAUCCCUGGCGGUGGAGGCACGGGGAAGUCACCGUUGGCUGCGCGCCAUCUCCGUCUGCACCCAGGCAUCUCGUCGAUCUUGCGUCUGCGGCCUGCCACUGUGAGCGGCUGACCUCGCUCCGCCACAGCGCCUCGAUGCCGACCGUCUCGCCGCCGUCUUCCGAUUUGGCUGGCUCUCUGGCAGGGACUCUUGGGGGGGGAGGUUGAAGCGAUGAUGGUAACUUGCAUACAGUAAUGGUAAAUUUCUUGCUCGAUGUGGCCGUGGCCUUUCUUACUUAUUUCGCCCUUGUAAAGUUAACUUUAAUCAGCCACAAUGCUUGUUUGAGCCAUUUGGGCUGUAGUAUGGGCAUUUAUGUUUGUGUCUCGCUAUACUGCCAGUUUUCCUACGUGGUUUGCAUUGCCACUGGUAGACGUAACGUUUGAUUCCUUGUAUUGAUGAAUUUAUUAACUUCUGUACUCUUUCUGUUCACGCCGCACCGAUAUUGGCCGCCUUGUUUUGUUGUGGGGGCUUUAAUUAGUUUCAUCUUUAUUGGCCAUUAACGCCAAUCACUUCAUUUGCUGCGCGAGCCAAUAUCGAGUUUGGGCUUGUGUAAUUUAUCCACUGGCCGCACCGAACCUCCAUGUUUAGGGCUUUAUUAUUCAUUUGAUUCAGUCUAAAUUGUAUUGUUUGUUUGAAUAAUUUUUUUUAAUGGCCUGCGAAGCCCCCCGGGGUUUUAUACUCCUUUAAUAUUAAGCAUGUAUGCACGUAUUAAGCAUUUAUACUCAUGAUUGUUGUCAAUAAAAAACAAGUUAACGAAUGUGGUUAGUCCUGUUCUAUAACAACAUUUACACCUCUCUGAAUAAUUACACUGUUUCACUUUAAUAGCUUGCAGUCUGGUCGAAGCCGUGAGUCGACCCGGCUACAAUGUUGACACGCCCACUGCAAUGCUGGCCAAAUUGGUAAAAUCAGUUCCGGGUGGUGAGAAUGUUGACCUUGGGAACAAUGCAGAGUGGUUGGAGUGUGACGCUAACGAGCCGGGGUUCGAGUGCUUGGCAGAUGAGGAAAUCGCUAACAAUCAAGGGGAGAGGGCGUGAAGGAAGAAGAUCAAACUGAAAGUGAAGAAGACGAGCCCAAUGGGAAGGCGCGCAUGACUCACGAAGUGGGUUUGCAACACAUCUUCGGAAUGUUUCACUAUUUAGAAGAACAAGACGAUGCACAGUUGGCUGAAAAACUUAUGUUGCUGAAAAUUCAUUCAAGAAUUAAGAAAAGAUGUUUACGAAGCAAGAAACAAAAGCAAGUGAGUGAUUUUUUUCAUAAAAGUUGUAAAUUUAAAGUGUUGUGCUAUUUUAAUGGCUAAUGAAGUCUGAGUACGUACAGUAUGUACUGUAUCCUUGUUACGAAGUAAGUACCGAGCACUUUUAUGUUUACAUUACUGAAAUGUAUUGUAUGUUAAUUAUUCAGUAAAAUACCAUAAUUUUAGCAUCA